AACAAAAAGUGGCUAGUUAGCUGGUUGUCCAUAAUGAUGACAAGGAAUCUUGUGUAGUUAGUGUUUUUAUCUAUUUCCUCCUGUUAUAUAAAAAAAAACAGAAAAUAACGUUACUGUUAUAACCACAUAGCAUUUAGAUAAUUAUUAGAAAAGGUUAUGGCGACUUGCGUGUAAUUACUUUUUGACUCCAGUGAUCAGCUAGCUAAAGCCGAAUGACGAACGCUUUUUGAUGGAUAACUUGGAUCAAGUUGAAGUCACCUCUUCAAAACAUCCAUAUCAUGGGUGGGAUUAAAGAUGCAUACCAAGAUGUCCAACCUGUUACUCUGCAGCUUGCGGAGGAGAGCGUCACAUCACACCUUUACUGCCACUCAGCCAAGGGAAUUGAAGCUCACUUGUCCACCUUGGUGGAGGCCUUUUUAAUCGAGGUCUUCCGCUGUCGAGUCUGCCAGUUCACCAGCAGUCAGAAAGCCAGGAUCAGCAGCCAUGUUUCCGAGAGGCAUUCUUCACCCUCACCGUGCACCCACCUCUCAUGCCUGGAAAAGGAGGAUGAGGAGAGCUUGACUGUGGGCAUGAGGGUUGAUGAAGAAGGUGAGCUGGACCAGAGUGGCUCUCCUUACGACCUACAUUCUGACUCAAAAAAUAGUGAGGACCAUAUGGACAUGGAGCGCAUGUCUUUUCUGCUUCCCAUGUAUGGCAUGCUGCAGAACAUCAGUCCCCCACCAUGCGACAUUGGCUUGAGCUCUAACUCUGACGGCAACCUUCAUGUGGCCCAGACAUGUGAGGUGAGCACUUUGUUUGAGGAAGACAGACAUGGAGAAGGCAGUGAGGAGGAGGCCGUCUUCCAAUUGGAGGACACCAGAGAUGGCCUGCCUGGACCCCUUUCUGCUGGGAUGGCCUGCACUGAGGACCAGGAUGAAGAAAUGGCCCAGUCGGCUCAUUUAAUGACGCUUGGGCUGUGCAGAAUCUCCAGCACUAAGUGCCCCUCUCAGCAGGCUCCUUUAGUCAGCAGACUGGCUCUGACUGCCGGAGGGCAGGAUGCCUUGGACGCAUCUGCGGACGACAAACGGCCCCUGCUGACCACGGCUGAAUUGCAGAAGCAGGCUGAGGAGGAUGGAGGGCUGUCCUGCGUUCUCUGUCAGGUGAAUAUGGUCAGCCACAGCCUGCUUGAGGUGCAUCUGAAGUGUCAUGACGGAGAGCAGGGCUUUAAGUGCCCACGCUGCAGUUGGGCCACAGUGGAGUGGGUGAAUAUGGAGCGUCAUUGGAGGGGCCACGGAAGAAGGAGGAGCUCGAAGCCUCAUAAAUGUGCUGUUUGCCACAGAACGUUCAGGAGAGCGGACUCCCGCGACGCUCACGAAAAGAGGCAUAACCGGCAUCAUCGAACACGGCCAAAGUCUUCUCAUCUGGCGCAGUGUUCUCUGUGCCUUGAGUGGUGCCACUCAGAGAGAGAAUGGGAGAUACACCAACGCUGCCACUUUCAAGGAGGCUAUAAGUGUUUGUACUGUGAUUUCACAGAAAAGUCAUGGAAGAAGAUACAUAAGCACAUCCUCAAUCGGCACACACAGGAUGAUCCAGAUCCAGACCGUCAGAAUUCCUACCAUGUAGGACCACUAAAGCUUGACACUCAGACAUCAAGCACUUAUCCAAAAUGCCUCAAAGGGGUGCCGCCAGAAUCGUGGUGCCAGGUGAGAAAGACGAGGGUGAAACACAAGACUGUGGGAAGGAAGAAGAGUGAUGAGGAGAAGAAAGAUGGAGUGAGGCUCACUGAGAAGAUGAGCGAAGGAGGGAAGGUCCCUAAAAGGAAGGAGUUCUGCUGCACUUUGUGUAAUAGGAAGUUCUCCACCAAGCUGACCAUGCGUCGACACAUGGGCAUCCACCAGGGGGAUAAGCCAUUUGAGUGCCCCCAUUGCCACUAUUGCACGCGACUAAAAGCCUCACUCAUCCAGCACCUGCGCAUCCAUACAGGUGAGAAGCCUUACAAGUGUCCUCAGUGUUCUUAUGCCUCCAUUGACAGGAGCUCUCUGCGGCGCCACUUGCGCACACACACGCAAGAGAAGCCUUAUCGCUGCCAGUACUGUCCCUACAGCAGCAUCCAGAAGAAAAGCUUAGACCUCCACUCUCGCCGACAUCACACAGGAGAGUCCUUCCCUUGUUCUUUGUGCCAGUACUCCACACCAGACCGCCAGCUGUUGUUACGACACACGCGCAAACACCACAGCUCUGAGCAGUCUCCUGCACUGGGGCUGAGGAGUGGACCACGCUCCAGCUCAUCCAAUAGACCACGUACCUCCAAAUAACAUGAGAUUCUAAGGAAAAUGUUUACUUUUUUAUUGGACUUUGUUUUUGUUUUUCUUUUUCAUUGUUUUGGGCAGAGAUUUUAUAGUAUGAUUGUGAAAUAUAAUGUUUGUGAAAUGUAAUUGUUGCCUUUUACUCAGUGUUUUAUAAUAUUAAAUACAACUUUUUCA